CCGUUUAAAUUUAGCGCUUUGGGCUGCCUGGAGCGAGGGCUCUGCGCGAGGAGAAAGAUGAGGGCGAACGCGAGAAGGAAGCACCGCUGUUGUGGCCCGGAGCGUAGGGUCCACUCCCGGCCCGGCUCCAGGCGCGGGCAGGCGUGCAUCUGGGGGCCAGGAACCGGUCCCGGACUGCCUGUGCAUCCCCCUGCCAGCAGCCGCGCUUGUUUUGCGGAAAGGGCCGUUGUUUUUGUCCCCCGCCUGGGAGGAGCGGCAGGUUCGGUGCGGCCGCGCGUGUUCGCGAAGCUCCGCUUGGCAUCUGCCCGGCGUGGCCUCGUGUAAUUAAUGCUCGAGCGUUUCCCGGCCUCGCGGGUCUCGCUGGCCAUCGGCUCGAGGGCCAGGCCCGAGGCGGCAGCCGAUCGCCGGGUUGGGGCAGACUUGUUGAAAACUCCCAGCUCCCCCGUUUCAACUUUAUUAUUUUUUUCCCACGGCUUCACCAGGGUCUGGAAGGGAGAGGAGCAGCCGCGAUGUUCUGAGUGUCAGCGCAGCGGGCUCGCCCUGACCCUUUAUUUAAAGCCUAACAGCCGGGCAGGCCCCUUGGCGGGUAUGCUUAUGUUUAGGGAUGUCAUUUCUUGAGUAACGCCUUGGUCUCUAAAAACCACUGGGGGCGAGCCUUCGGUCUAGCCUGUGUCACAAGUUAGCUGUCCUUUCUGAGUCAAACCCAAGAAAAAAGGCAAGAGGAAAAUCAAUAAAGUCCACGUGCUCCUGGGCCUCCUAUGGAAAGGGCCCUCUGCAGAUGGCCGGAUGCCCAGCCAAGGGCUGGGUUUGGCUUCAAUGGGACAAAGAAUUUUCAGAACCGUGAGAAGGGGAGGCCUUCCAAAGUUGAGAUCCAAGUCUGCGGGCUCUGUGAGCUCCCCUGGCGGGCAGGGCACCCAGUGCCCAACUGGAGCCAUUUAAAAAUGGCAGAAACAGCUGCAGGCCAAAACACAACGCAGGACAAGCCCGCAAUGCCCUCCCCUGUGGGGAUCCCGGAGGGAAGGCUGGAGUUGUCGCUUGCCUUAGAGCCUAUUCAAAGAAAGAACUGGUGGUGUCUGUCACCGGCCUGGAGGGAGAAGAAGUGGGUGACGGUAGGUGACACAUCCCUGCGAAUCUACAAGUGGGUCCCUGUGACGGAGCCAAAGGUUGAUGACAAAAGCAAGAACAAGAAGAAGGGGAAAGAUGAGAAGUGUGGUUCUGAAGUGACCACUCCAGAGAACAGCUCAUCCCCAGGGAUGAUGGACAUGCACGAUGAUAACAGCAACCAGAGCUCCAUCGCAGACGCCUCCCCAAUCAAACAGGAGAACAGCAGUAACUCGAGCCCGGCUCCGGAGCCCAGCUCAGCAGGGCCCGGAGAUGGCCCGGACAACAAGGCUGAUGAGGCCCAGGCCGAUGGGAGGGAGCUCCCUGGGGCAGAAGAUGCUUCUGAUGAGCAGAAUUCACAGUCUUCAGUGGAAAACUCGAUGAACAGUUCAGAGAAAGUCGAGCGGCAGCCAUCUGGAGACGCAGGUCUAGCUGCAGAGACGUCCACAAUUUCUCAGGACUUGGAAGGUGUGCCACCCUCUAAAAAGAUGAAAUUGGAGGCUUCCCAACAAAACUCUGAAGAGAUGUAGACACUAAGUUCAGUCCUGCGAUCCACGUUUCUCGGGAGACACAUUGGCAGGCUUAAUCCCAGAACAGUUUCACCUGAGCCAUCUCUCUCAGGUGCAAACAGAACUACUAACUUCUCAAGUUUACCAAGUGCAAACCCAAGAAAACCUAGAACAGCGUGACUUCUUAGACACUGAAGAACUUUCUGCUGUGAAGCAAAACCCCUGAGUCUUGAAGUGACUGUCCUUGGGAAGGCGGGGCUGACAGCUCAGGAGGGUCCGCACUCUCUGGAGCCAAGAUUACAUUUGUGUUGCUGCUGUAUUGUUUUUUUCCACUUCUCUAUUUAACGAUAUAAGCUACUGGAGGGUGGUACCGAUCAGGAAUCCGCUUCUCGUCCAGGCUUUUCACUGUUCAGCCGAUUCCUUCUGCUUUCUUUUUUUGUGCCUUGUGCCCUUGAGGUGACCUCUGGCAUGUUUUCCUGGUUGUUUUGCAUCUCCCUUGAAAAGUGCCCUCUUGGUUUUGUUCAGGCAGCCACUGCCAUGUUCCUCACAUCUCUCUCCUCCCUGGUCCAGGACUUCAUCUGGAGCAAGAAGCAGAACAGGCUCAGGGAUGCCCUGAGCCCUGGGUUGGGACAGCACUGGCCUCCAGGGUCCAAGGAGUCUCAGAUGUCAGGGCACUGUCCCCAAGGGCUGGCCACUCAAAAUGCUCUCACUUCCUCGGGGCAUCUGAGGCUGAUGUUCCCAAGCUCUCAAUGGCCCAGAUGGACACACAGUGGUUCAACCACUUCCACCCUCUGCCCCCACCAUACCACCUUCUGCCACACCUCUGGAGACGAGGUGACUUCUCUGGCUGCUGCAGGAUUGUCUCCUUAGACGACAGAAGGGCUGAGGAGGCUGGGAGCAGGUGGUUGAAAUAGCUGGUGCUGAACUUUCUCUCAUAGGAAUUGCGUGGAUUCAAAUCCACGGUAACCUGAUGCCCUUGCCUUCCCAGCUCCACCCGGCCCCACCUCCCAGGGAGGGCAAGAUCAAGGUCGCCGAAAUCCCUGACUCGGUAAUGUUUCUGACUCUCAGAGCCAACAGGUGGAUAUAUCUCAUUCCCAGGACGUGCUCGAAGGUCCCCACCAGGGAGUGGGCCUUGAUGGUUGGGCCUCAAAGGCCAGAAACAAGGUGCCAGUGAAUUGGAAAGCUUUGAACUCCUCCUGAAAGGGGUGAUGAAUCGCUCCCCCACCUCCACCCCUGCCUGCUGGGUCAGCUUCCUCCCGCUAAAACGGAGAUGCCCCCUUGGACUAACUGCCUGAUUGUUUGGUUCUGAGGCCUGGUUUGCUCUUAAUUCCUGUAUGAACUCCUCAGACCUUGAUCCUUUUCCUGAGCUUUCUUUACUGCACUGGAGUUCCAACUCCCUUUGAGCUGUGGGAGGGAGGGGGGUUGCGGAUUUUGUUGUUUUUUUUGUUUUGUUUUGUUUUGGCUAAUCGGUGCAUAUUCAGGUACCACCUUUGACACGGGGCUCUCUUUCCUGACCACAGUGGGAAGUGUCUGCCAGAUUCCAUUUUCUAGGAGUUUCUGAGAGUGGGGCUCUUUUUUUUUUUUUUAAAGGGAGCUAAUCUAUUUCCUGCACUUCAAGAAGAAUCAAAAUGUUCCUGAAUUUCAAAUACCUCAUGCAAAAAUGUCUCCUGAAAUAAGGGAAGAAAAAAAACAAACUUUGAAAAUUUUAAUGUUGGAGUUAGUGAUGCCGAAAGGUUUCUGUCUUAAAAAAAAAAAUCCUUACCAAUUUUGCCCCUCAGGCAGUCAGUUCUGUGGAGAACUGUGUUCUGCAUUACCUCUCAGCGUAUCUCACGGCGGCUUUACCUCCAGUUUCUCUAGAGUUAGAGCAACUCCUUUCUUUGCAGCGAAACUCCAUUUUGGUGAAAGAUGAAUUCGUGUAUUUAUUUCCUCCUCUUUUUGGGAAAUGAGAGGUUGCAACCAAGACAGCUGAAGGAGAAUCACACACACAUCCAUGGAAAUGGCAAGUCAGCCGGGGUUCCCCCAUGUCCCUUCUGUUGGCAAUGGCCUCUCUGGACAGGUAAGGGGAGUCGACACGGCUGAGGAUGACGACAUCCGCAAUACCGAGGCUGUCAUAGUUUUUCUCUGAAGUGCCUGAAGAUAGGAAUGGGCCAGUGGUCAGGACCGACUGGGCCCCCCGCCACGGCUCCGCCAGGCAAAGCACCAGCGGCCUGCACUCAGCGCUGGCCAGGAAGGCCUUCCACACACGGAGCGGUUAGACUGCAAAAAUCCAGAUGUGCUUCCUGCCCUGACACAGUCUGCUCCUUGGAGCUGCUGUUCCCCACCCGGCCCCCAACCCCGUCCCACCUCAGAAUCUAAGACCUUUCAGCCGGCCAAGCCAGGGCCGGGGGUCCUCAGCAAAUGCCUUCCGCGGACACCAGGCCCACGGCCUAAAAGGGCUCCCAGGGCAAACUUACUCCCUGCUGCACUUGAAGUUGGGGAGGCUGCGGCUACACAUUCCACAAAGUGCUGGCACUUACACCCGAAACCUGGAAGGCAGUUGACCGAUUCAUAUAGGGUGGUGACCUACCUUUAACAAAUGAUGUCAUGGUUUGGAAUGGAAUGUUCAUUAUCGCCAAGGACCUGGUUAGAGGUAUAAAGACCUUUUUUCACCGUUACCUAAGUUUUCUUCCCUCUUAACGAUUUUUUUUUUUGGUGUGUUGUACAGCAGUAUAAUUUUUCACUUAUUUAUUCCAUCAGUAGGUAUGGUUUGUACAAUGUACAAUGGUUCCAUUUCAGAAAAUAAAAAAAAUAUUCAAAUCAUGAA